UUAGGCUAAGCCAUGACUUCAGGAUCUGGGCAUGUGGACUCCAAGGCUGAGCUCACUGCUUUGCUUGAGCAAUGGGAGAAAGAACAUGGCAGCGGGCAAGACAUGGUCCCUAUUCUCACCAGAAUGUCCGAGCUGAUUGAGAAGGAGACUGAAGAGUAUCGCAAAGGGGAUCCAGACCCGUUUGAUGACCGACACCCAGGUCGAGCAGACCCAGAGUGCAUGCUUGGUCACUUACUGAGGAUACUUUUCAAGAAUGACGAUUUCAUGAAUGCGCUAGUGAAUGCUUAUGUGAUGACAAGCAGAGAACCUCCAUUAAACACUGCUGCCUGCCGACUUCUUCUGGAUAUCAUGCCGGGACUGGAGACAGCUGUUGUCUUUCAGGAAAAGGAAGGCAUAGUUGAAAAUCUCUUUAAGUGGGCACGAGAGGCUGAUCAACCGCUAAGGACAUACGCAACAGGACUGUUAGGAGGAGCUAUGGAAAACCAAGAUAUUGCUGCAAAUUACAGGGACGAGAACUCACAAUUGGUGGCUUUGGUGCUUCGACGGCUACGGGAGUUACAGGUUACUGAAAUGACUACAAAACAAGAAAACAAGCGUCCCAGUCCUCGGAAAGUGCCAUCAGAUCCUCUGCUGCCUCUAGAUGAAGAGGCUGUGGAUAUGGAUUAUGGGGAGAUGGCAGUAGAUGGAGAGCAAGAGGAGGUUUCUGGUGAUAUGGAUAUCUCCUUUCAUCUUGAUUCAAGUCACAAGACCAGCAGCAGAGUAAACUCUGCUACAAAGCUAGAUGAUGGGGGACUGAGAAAAAGCAAAUCGGGGAAACAGCAUGAAAGAGAUGGCUUCCGGAAGGCCAAGCAGAAGCUGGGCUUCUCUGCUUCAGAAUCGGAGCGGAUGUUUGUCGAACUGUCCAAUAGCAGCUGGUCAGAAAUGUCCCCGUGGGUGAUUGGCACUAAUUAUACACUUUACCCUUUGACUCCUGCCAUAGAGCAGAGGCUAAUUCUUCAGUACCUGACUCCCUUAGGGGAGUAUCAAGAGCUACUGCCCAUCUUUAUGCAACUGGGAUCAAGGGAACUGAUGAUGUACUACAUCGAUUUGAAGCGAACCAAUGAUGUGCUGCUCACUUUUGAAGCCCUUAAGCAUUUGGCAUCAUUGCUGCUGCACAACAAGUUUGCAACGGAGUUUGUUGCUCAUGGAGGAGUGCAAAAGUUGCUGGAGAUUCCUCGUCCUUCCAUGGCAGCAACAGGGGUCUCCAUGUGCUUAUAUUAUUUGUCUUACAAUCAAGAUGCAAUGGAGAGGGUGUGCAUGCACCCCCACAAUGUGCUUUCAGAUGUAGUAAACUACACCUUAUGGCUAAUGGAGUGCUCCCAUGCCUCGGGCUGCUGCCAUGCUACCAUGUUCUUCUCCAUUUGCUUCUCCUUCCGUGCUGUCCUGGAGCUCUUUGACAGGCAUGAUGGCCUUCGACGUCUGGUUAACCUGAUAAGCACUCUUGAGAUCUUAAACCUGGAAGACCAAGGAGCCCUCCUGAGUGAUGAUGAGAUCUUUGCCAGUCGCCAGACUGGGAAACACACCUGCAUGGCUUUGCGUAGAUACUUUGAGGCUCACCUUGCUAUCAAACUUGAACAGGUGAAGCAGUCACUCCAGCGCACUGAAGGUGGCAUUCUGGUCCAUCCGCAGCCCCCCUACAAGGCCUGUUCGUAUACUCAUGAGCAGAUUGUAGAGAUGAUGGAGUUCCUGAUUGAGUAUGGUCCAGCACAGCUCUACUGGGAACCAGCAGAGGUUUUUCUCAAAUUGUCUUGCGUCCAACUCAUGCUUCAGCUCAUUUCAAUAGCGUGCAACUGGAAGACAUACUAUGCAAGGAAUGACACAGUACGGUAUGCAUUGGAUGUACUAGCCAUCCUGACUGUGGUUCCUAAAAUCCAGUUGCAGCUGGCAGAACCUGUGGAUGUGUUAGAUGAAGCUGGAUCUACUGUUUCCACUGUGGGUAUUAGUAUCAUCCUUGGAGUUGCUGAAGGUGAAUUUUUCAUCCAUGAUGCUGAGAUUCAGAAAUCAGCUCUUCAGAUCAUCAUCAACUGUGUAUGUGGGCCAGAUAAUCGGAUCUCCAGUAUUGGCAAAUUCAUCUCUGGAACUCCUCGGCGAAAGCUGCCUCAGGCCCCCAAGAGCAGUGAGCACACAUUAGCUAAGAUGUGGAAUGUGGUACAGUCCAACAAUGGCAUCAAAGUGCUGCUGUCCUUGCUGUCUAUAAAGAUGCCGAUCACAGAUGCGGAUCAGAUCCGAGCAUUAGCCUGCAAAGCCUUGGUGGGGCUCUCGCGCAGCAGUACUGUCCGGCAGAUUAUCAGCAAGCUCCCCCUCUUCAGCAGUUGUCAAAUUCAGCAGCUGAUGAAAGAGCCGGUGCUUCAGGACAAGCGCAGCGAGCAUGUGAAGUUCUGCAAAUAUGCUGCUGAGCUGAUAGAGCGUGUCUCGGGGAAGCCGUUGCUGAUCGGCACAGAUGUCUCUCUGGCUCGGUUGCAGAAAGCGGAUGUGGUGGCCCAGUCAAGGAUCACGUUUCCUGAGAAGGAGCUGCUGCUCCUGAUUCGGAACCAUCUCAUCUCUAAGGGCCUAGGGGAAACUGCAUCUGUCCUUACUAAGGAGGCUGACCUGCCCAUGACUGCAGCAUCUCAUUCAUCUGCCUUCACCCCUGUUGCGGCUGCUGCCUCUCCUGUGACCCUGCCUCGCACUCCUCGCAUAGCUAAUGGCAUCUCAGCCCGUUUGAGUAGCCACACUUCUGUAGGUUCCACUGCCACCUCUGUCCAUGCUCAGGCAAGGCCGCCUGCAUCCCAAGGUCCACUGGCCCUUCCAGGCCCUUCCUAUGCCAGCAACUCUCCUCUGAUUGGCAGGAUUAGCUUUGUCAGGGAGAGGCCGUCUCCCUGCAACGGCAGGAAAAUCAGAGUGUUGCGACAAAAAUCGGACCAUGGUGCCUACAGCCAGAGCCCAGCUAUCAAAAAGCAGCUGGACAGACACCUUCCUUCCCCACCCACGCUGGACAGUAUAAUCACAGAGUACCUUAGGGAGCAGCACGCCCGCUGCAAGAACCCUGUUGCCACCUGUCCCCCUUUCUCUCUCUUUACUCCCCACCAGUGUCCUGAGCCAAAACAGAGGCGCCAAGCGCCAACUAACUUUACCUCACGGCUGACCCGCAGGGCAGCCUUUCCGAAAUAUGGAGGGGUGGAUGGUGGCUGCUUUGAUAGACACCUUAUAUUUAGCAGGUUCCGUCCGAUUUCUGUGUUCAGGGAAGCAAAUGAGGAUGAGAGUGGCUUUACUUGUUGUGCAUUUUCUGCAAGAGAACGAUUCUUAAUGCUGGGUACUUGCACGGGGCAGUUGAAACUCUAUAAUGUAUUCAGUGGACAGGAAGAGGCCAGUUACAACUGCCAUAACUCUGCCAUCACGCACCUUGAGCCAUCUAGGGAUGGAUCUUUAUUGUUGACAUCUGCUACAUGGAGCCAACCUCUGUCUGCAUUGUGGGGCAUGAAGUCUGUCUUUGAUAUGAAGCAUUCCUUCCCUGAUGACCACUAUGUGGAGUUCAGCAAGCACUCUCAGGAUAGGGUCAUUGGCACAAAAGGAGACAUUGCCCAUAUCUAUGAUAUUCAGACUGGCAACAAGCUAUUGACUCUGUUUAACCCAGAUCUUGCCAACAACUACAAGAAGAACUGUGCCACAUUUAACCCCACUGAUGACCUUGUCCUAAAUGAUGGUGUCCUCUGGGAUGUCAGAUCGGCGCAAGCCAUCCACAAGUUUGACAAAUUCAACAUGACCAUCAGUGGUGUUUUCCAUCCCAAUGGGUUAGAGGUCAUAGUCAACACAGAAAUUUGGGACCUCCGAACUUUUCAUUUGUUACACACGGUACCCGCACUGGAUCAGUGUCGUGUGGUGUUCAACUAUACUGGCACAGUUAUGUAUGGAGCUAUGUUGCAGGCAGAUGAUGAAGAUGACCUUCUGGAGGAGAGAAUGAGAAGUCCCUUUGGCUCUUCUUUCAGGACAUUUAAUGCAACUGAUUAUAAACCUAUAGCUACCAUAGAUGUAAAGCGAAAUAUCUUUGACUUGUGCACAGACAGCAAGGACUGCUAUCUGGCUGUCAUUGAGAAUCAAGGGAGCAUGGAUGCCAUGAACAUGGAUACAGUUUGCAGACUGUAUGAAGUGGGCAGGCAGCGUUUGGCAGAAGAUGAAGAGGAUGAAGAAGAAGAUCAGAACUGAAGAACUGUUAAUUAUCCUGCAGUGCUUCUGGGCUAUCGAAAUGGUGAUGGUAGGUGUGUAAUUUGUCUUUUUGCAUUGGUUUAGAAAACUCUAGGUGAUGUGAAAUGAAAGCUUGGGAGAUAAGGCAAUAAAGACUCAAAAGACAAUCACUAUUCUAAUGUGGCUUAGCCAGGAUGGAGAAUGUUUUUCCUCAGCUUCCUAUGUAGUCUUUGUGAUACAAGUUUCUACUUUUAUUUUAGGACUCUACCCUAUAUGCAUGCAACAGUAAUGCCACGGUACUUUAUUGCUGUUGAUUUGAUACAGGUUUGUUUUCACAUAGAUAUACUUAUUUGCUGGGGAAAAAACCUCACAAAUCUUAAUCCAUAUUGGCAUAUGUAUUUGAGAACCAUCAGACUAUGGUGGUGCUUUGUCACUACAAGCUGCCUAGAAUAAUUUCUGUCAUCAGGGACACUUAGUUUUCCAGGAGCUGUUCCUGUAACAUUUGAAGAUACAUGGCUCUGAAAUCUUGCUUGAGAUUAAAUGGUUUACAGCAUAAAGCUGGGAACAAGUAUUUUUCAGACAAAUGUCUCAGCUGAUAAUAUAUACAUGUGUUUAUUGCACCCUUCAGUAGGAAUCUUUGAAUUUAGUUGCAGCUGGGGAGGCCAAGUAAAGAUUGGUUUCCAUCAAAGACCUGUUUACCUAACAGACACAUCUUUUGAACAGGCAUCCUCCAAAACAGGUAUUUUAAACAAAAUAAAACCCCCCACAUUUUCCCAGUACCUGUACUUAACACAUGUUUAGAUAAUAGCAAAUAACUGUGACUGCUUCAGCCUAUUCUGCUGUUUCAGAAUCUAGUUUCACUAGCUGUCAGUUAGUGCAGAGGAAAUUCUUGGAAAGGGAAAAUUGGAGUUUUAAGAAGGCUAGACUUAGUAUUGUGGAGUAAAACAGCUUCGGCAGAGACAGAAGCAUAUUCUGCCUGUUCAGUGACAGAAAUCAACGAUUGACUUCCUCUCAACUAACACA